AUGGGAGAUAUCAUAGUGGAGAAAGUAGCCAUGGUGAAAAUACAGAUUUCUGGGUUGCAGCCAUGGAGUUUUGAGCUGGUUUACAGUGCUGUAGUGGGGGUAGUUGAAGCCCCCCCAAAGUUGGGACUACUGCAACAGGAUCUUUCCACCCAAAACCAAAAACAAGAACAACAAACUCAGGUCUAUGUUGUAUACAUUGGAGAAAACCCAAGCGCUUAUGAGGCUUCAGACAUAGCAACAAUCUGCCCAUCGUUCCGUGCUAGAAACUGCUCUUGGAAGACUUAUGAUGUACUUGUUUCAUCGUGCAGUACUCUAGCUGCAAGGGAAUCGCUGAUAUACAGCUAUAGCAGGAGUUUUAAUGGAUUUGUAGCUAAAUUUUUAGAUGAAGAAGCUACAAUACUAGGAGAUGGAAGACGUUGCCUCAGUAAUGCACUGCUGCAGCUUCAUACAACAAGAUCAUGGGACUUCCCGGGAUUAUCUCCGUCCCAUGUCAAGCAUAUAAAAGAGGGAGAUGAAAUCAUUGGAAUGAUGGAUUCAGGAAUUUGGCCAGAAUCAGAGAGUUUCAGUGACAAAGGAUUUGGCCCUCCACCAAUAAAUUGGAAAGGAACGUGCAAUACUAAUAAAACUUUCACAUGCAACAACAAAAUCAUCGGAGCGCGAUACUAUAAUAGCCAAAACUUUUACGAUACUACCGACAUCAUACCUUUGAGGGACUCAGUCGGACAUGGGACUCACACAGCCUCCAUUGCAGCGGGUAGAGAAGUGGCAGGAGCAAGUGUCUUUGGCUUGGCUCAAGGAAUUGCAAGGGGUGGAAUUCCUAAUGCAAGAAUUGCAGUGUACAAAGUUUGCUGGGCAAUGGGAUGUAGCAUUGCAGAUAUCUUGGCUGCUUUUGAUGAUGCAAUUGCUGAUGGAGUUGACAUCAUAUCAGCUUCUUUUGGGAAGUCUGCAGCUUACACCUUCACAGACGACCCAGUUGCAAUUGGAUCCUUUCAUGCAUUAAGGAAAGGGAUUUUGACCAUAACUGCUGCAGGGAACUAUGGACCUCUGUGUGCUCCUAUCAGUAUUGUCUCACCGUGGCUACUUACUGUGGGGGCUAGCACUAUUGACAGGAAGUUUGUGACUCAAUUGGCUCUUGGAAAUGGAAAAACCUUCAUGGGGAGUGCUAUCAAUAACUUUGAUCUUAAAGGAGACAUGUUUCCCUUGAUUUGGGGAGGAGAUGCUUCAAACUAUCCAGUCAAUGCAAACUCCGAAACAUCAAAAUACUGCAAUGCUGGAGAUUUGGAUUCACAGAAAAUAAAGGGGAAAAUUGUUCUCUGUAACUACCGAUCAAACGGCAUUCUCCAUACAGAUGGAGUCGGAGUUAUAAUGCCUUUUCAAUCUGUUGACGAUCCUGCCUUCUCAUAUCACAUUACAACAACACUCAUCAGUCCAGAAGAAAUUCCCAAAGUACUGGACUACAUUAAGACUUCCAAGUAA